CUCAAGAUGUCUUUGUAUUCCAUCCCAUUGCACUUGACAGGGGCGCCUGCAGCGGCCGGGGUGCCCCCUCCUCCCAGGCCACUAGCGCGCAUGCAUGGCACCAUGCUAGCGCCAAAGGGCCAGGUUUUUUUUUCCUGCGGCUGCUGCUCCUGCUCUCACCUAAUCCCCCCCCAAGAUUCCGCCGCUGCCGCCAGCCAGCGAGCGCGAGAGGGCGUGAGAGGGCGUGAGAGGGCGUGAGAGACAUGCUUCCCUCUUCCAGCUUCCCCUCUUUCACGCCAUCCAUCGUUUAUCCCAUCCUGUCAUCGGUCUGCCUCUCUCUCUCUCCAAUCCUCCCAGAUUCGCCCCCUCAUCACCGACCAGCAGGUGUUUGAAAGCCUGUCAUGUCUGCGUGCAAUUCGCUCAGCAACAUGCACCCCACCCUCUCUCUCUCUCUCUGUACGUAUCUAUUGUAUGUAGCAUCAGCCGAUCCCUUUUAUCU